CGGCUAGUGGCAGAUCGCUAAGCCACACACCGACAUCACCGUCACCACAGAUCAUUCACGGCGGAAGUAGUCCUUCGGGGUGUUAUCGAUAACAGCGGGAAUUUCUUAUGCAUCCCGUGCGUCUGCUCUGAGCUGGUGGCGCGGAAGCAACUUGGAAGGCAUUGAGCGAAGGUCUCGAGAUCAGCGAAGGAAUACUCUAUCUGCUCCAUCAGUGUUAUUUCUGGGACACGGUCGCCGCCAUCGCUAUGGCUUCAAUGGCGGCAUUGAAGAGGGAUCUCAGGAAGAAGAUCAAGGGAAUAUUGGCAGAUCUUCCCGAAGCUGCGACUGCAACACAGACUUCCAAUGCCACGAAGACCUUGCUCUCGAUGCCAGAGUAUAAGGCAGCAAGACGGAUAAGCGUCUACCUGUCUAUGCCGUCAGGCGAGAUCUCCACGUCUGGCAUAGUGCACGAUGCGCUCGCUACAGGCAAGAGGGUGUUUAUUCCGUAUACAUACAUUCUCCGCGCCCCGAAGGAAGGGCAGCCUAAAUCGAUAAUGGAUAUGCUCGAGCUACACUCCGUCAAGGACUACGAAUCGUUGAAGCUCGACAAAUGGGGCAUCCCCACUCCGAGCGACGACACUCUUUCUUCACGCGCGAAUGCCUUUGGCGGUAAGGGACCCACUGACGGAAAGGACGAGGCCAUGUUACAGGAAGCUGGCCUUGACCUGAUCAUCAUGCCUGGCAUGGCAUUCGACUCUAGUUUCGGUCGCCUCGGACACGGUAAAGGCUUCUACGACUACUUCUUGCAUCGGUGUCACAAACGGUCGAAGAUGCCUUUUCGUGUUGGUCUCUCAUUGACGGAGCAGUUGCUGCCGUCGAACGAAGCGGUGCCGAUGGACGCCUCUGAUUUCCGUCUGGACGCGCUCAUUACGGGCGAUGGCGAGCUCCGUCGAGCCAAAACAUGAACGGCG